CAGUAGCUUUAAGUGGAGGAAAAAAGGCAUAUCGAAAACGCCAAAAAAUACAAUGUUACCAUGAUUCAGUUUAUCUUUUGCUUUUAUAAGAAAGCUGGUUAUGCCUGGUUCUGAUUCUUAUAAAUAAAAUAAACUUAGAAAAAACGUUAUUCCGCCAAAAAGAACAGGAGUGAAGGCAGGAUGUCAACACCGGAGGAGGAAGAGGCGAACAUCGGUAAAGUGCUCACUUUUCUCCGGGAGUGGGACCGGGGUGACAGCAGGGUCCGCGGCCGCAUGUUGACCGCCUUCCUGAGCCGGAACCCCGGGAGGAGGCUCUGUGAUCUGGAGCUGCAGCUCGCUCAGGUCUCCAGCCUCUUCCUGGCCCGGAUCACCACCUGGACCAGACUCACAUACAUGUUUGGGACAUUCUUGGGACUGCAGCUUAAAGCAAUUGGGAUUUUCCUCUCUUCAUCAAACCAUGAUCAGUACCUAAUGGAGUUUCUGGAGGAUGGAGGAGUCCUCACUCUUCUGGACAUCUUGAGCCACUCUCAGAGAAAAGAGGAGCAGAAGGUCGAGGCCCUCCGCCUUCUGCUCACUAUCUCAGAUGCUGGUCGCAAAUACAAAGAGGUUAUCUGUGAAAGCCAUGGUGUGAAAGCCAUAGCAGAGUUCCUGGCUCAGUCAAACACAGAUGAACCUCUAGAGGCAGCCUGGGCCCUCCUGGAGUCUCUGUCGCGUGGAAACCCCAGAUACCAAAACCAAGUCUAUAAAGCCAUGAUUGCUCUCAUGACGUGUUCCUCCCCGAAGGCCCAGCAGCGGGUCCUGCACUCCUUACACACUGUGCAGUCCAAAAUGAAGACAGCCCACCACAGCAUAGUAGAACCUCUGCUGGGUUUGCUCAGUUCUCUGCACCUGGAGGUUCAGGAUGAAGCUAUAAAUCUGAUUUUGGGUCUGAGGUGUUAUGAAGUGAGGCCGCUGCUGCUCGACGGACUGUUGGCUCUGCUGAGGCCAACUAAAGAAAAUGUGCAGCACCAGAAUAUGCAAGAGAAAUCCACAGACCCCUCCUCUCCUCGGUCCACGUUCCACACGUUCCCUGACCCUGCAGAUGUUGAGCGGCUGCGCUCUCAGCUGCUCUGCUGGUACGACCAGGAGCAGAGAGAGCUGCCCUGGAGGACUCUGGCAGUGACGGAGUCAGACCUCAACAUCAGGACAUAUGCAGUGUGGGUUUCAGAAAUCAUGCUGCAACAGACCCAAGUUGCUACAGUAAUAAACUACUACAACAAAUGGAUGAAGCGGUGGCCCACGGUGCAGGAUCUUGCAACUGCUACUCUAGAGGAAGUGAACCAGAUGUGGGCGGGUCUUGGCUACUACUCCAGAGGAAGACGGCUGCAUGAAGGAGCUCAAAAGGUGGUGUCAGAGCUGAAGGGCCAGAUGCCUCGCACCGUGGACAGUCUGCUGAAGCAGCUUCCUGGAGUGGGGCGCUACACCGCUGCAGCCGUGGGCUCGAUAGCACUGGGUCAGGUAACCGGAGCAGUGGAUGGCAACUUGAUUCGGGUGCUGUGUCGCCUGCGGGCCGUCGGCGCUGACAGCACCAGUUCUGCAGUGACAGAGGCUCUCUG